AGAUUAUUGUGAACCUUGUGCUAGGUUACUGUCACAGGACGAAGGUAAAAAUGAAACGAACGAGUGUGAUGAUUUGAAAGUAUCAAAUACAGGUUACAUUGUACCAAAUACGAAAAUCUCAUAUCAAAGUUCGAGGUGCUCUGUAAAAUAUUUACGAAGUGAAAACAACGGCGGCACUGACUGUAUGUUGACUUUGAAAUGUGAACAAGAAGAAGAUUUUGUCCACCAUGAUCCUGGAAGUUGUUGUGAUUGUUCAAUUCAUACUGCUUGUAGCUGUCUCCAUUGCGUUCUAUGUAUUUUGGAGGAAUAGACAAGAACCUCCUGUGAGAAAUGCACCUCAAGACGUAGCGCCAUCUGAUAAUACUGUUUGUCGCCAGCACGAAUCUUUGCAUCAGCAAGACACCAGUUCUGGUGAAGCUGUCGGGAAAGAAGACGUGGCACCAGAUGAAUGUGCUUCUGAAUUGAGGAAGAGGAAACGAAACAUACAUUCAGCAGACAGUGAUGACCUUCUUUGUGGGGAAUUUCGGUUUACAGCAACAGAUGGAUGUGUUUCAAACGAUGAAAGAAAAAGCGAAAUGGCGUACAGUCCAGCAUCAUUUCAUCAAAACGAAGACCUAUUAAAAGAUGCAUACACGGCACACAGAUCUGCUGCUGUAUUAAACAACGUAGGAGAUGGAACGGAUAGGAAAGAGCAUUUAGGGGGUUCUGAAAGAUAUGAGGCAAACCAGAAGUUGGAGAUAGACGUGUUUCAUUCUGAAGAGGACAUAACAUGUAAAGUAGACGACGACGUGGAUGUCAUUGCAGACGAUGUUAACGUUGAUACUGAUUUGAUUCAAUCAUCAGACAAACAAAUUCAGGACGCAAUUGUCGUACCUCAAAUAUGUCCAGUUGGAGAUGCUACAGAGGCAGAAAAUACGGUUCAUGAUUUCAAAGACGAGAAGGCCGAACACCUAACUGAGGACCUAAGUGCCCUGCCCAAAGAUGUCGUUUCGGGAGUUGAUUCAAAGACAGCAUAUAGUGUUAAUGAUGACACAGAAGGUCCCGAAUAUCAAAGAGCGACAAUAAAGCAAACUGAGGAUUUUAACAUGUCAUCUGAAAAUUGUUCUGCGUCUGGUGACUCACAGACCGUUCAUGAUGUCCAUUAUGUACAAGAACAGCAUGCCACAGUUACAGGUGGCCCACCUCAAGGGAUUCCUAUGGAAUUAAUGCAUUAUAUACCUUCUGAAAACCAGUCUGGGCCGAUAUCGAUUGCAGGCAUGACUUUUGGGGAAAAUACUUUGGUACUUGGUCCCACUGACAUGGGGACACAACCAAAAAAGCGUUCAGUUAAACAGCCCAAAGCCAGAUCUGACAAAUUCACCAACAUGAAACGAACUGCAUCUGAUCAAUUGAGAGAGGUUAACCCUGAUAUCUACGUUCAGACAAGAGCAUACACAAUGGCUGAAGAUCUUCUGUUAAACGUCGGUGUGGUGGUCUUGAUUGGAAGUGCAGGAUCAGGGAAGACGUCUAUUGGAUUGAAUCUCAUGAAAAGGAUUGUUGAUCUUCAGAAAAGACAGCCACUUGUCCUGACUCAUCACUCACAGUUUGAAGACAUCGUGACUCCCAGGGAUCCAGUAAAUGUCAAGCGAGAGGAGAAACUUGUUGUACUGCUUGAUGAUAUUUAUGGAAAGAGCAAUCUUGUGACUGAAUUUCAACGAUCGUGGGAAGCAAAAUUAGACAAAGUGUGGCCCCUCAUUCAGUCUGGGUUUAUUAAACUCAUAAUUACAAUUAGAACACAAAUAUUUUUAGAGUGUAAAGAAAGCCUGAAUGCAUACACUGCCUUCAAUAAGAUACACCAGAUAGAUCUGCAUGGUCCAGAUUUGUGCCUGACAACUGAUGAAAAGUUAAAUAUUCUCAAGCGACACCUUCAAAAUGCAGGGAUACCAAUGGCAGAUGAAGAUAGGGAGACGGCUGUAAAGCAAACAUUUACCGAGUUGGGAUUCCCCCAGUGUUGUAAGUACUUUGUAAGUUCUUCGGAAGCACAAAAGCGAGGGGUUGAAUUCUUCAAAAGGCCAGUAGAAUACCUGAAGGGUCAUUUUGUUAAACUAAAAUCAGACAGAUUAGAGCAAAGUCAGUAUCAGUACCUUGUCCUCCUGCUCACGAUGUUCAAGCAAGGGGUUCUGACAGAUGAAUCACUGGAUCCAUUUGAAGAUCAGACUGAGACAAUUAGUCUAAUAGAUAAACUUAAACAUGUCUGUCGAAUAAACAGUGAUGUCUCACUUGGACAGAUAAAAUCAUCUGCUGACUCGCUGUGUGGGCUUUACUUGGAGCGCAAUGACGAGACUAGGGAAUAUUCCUUUAUUCACCAAUCAGUGUUUGACACUUUGUUUCUGCAGUUUUCAUCAGAGUAUCUUAAGCAGGGAAUCACCAUUUGUCCUGUUACAAUGCUCCUGCAGUACAUCAUCACACCAUAUGUGCAGAAGAAAGGCGAUGUGGUAGUGAUGGUAUGCCAAAACAACUAUUCGGUUCUUGCUCGACGGUUUACAGGCUUGUUGAAGUCCAGUAGCGCUAGAAGUAUUCUUUCACACCAGUCAUUCAAGGAUGAACAUUUUGUGGAGUAUCUGACAAACAAAUUCUGGAAAUCUGUGGUACCACCUGAAAUUUUGUCUCAGAAGCUUGACCAUCAUGACCAUGUCACUGGGGUCUUGUUUGAUGAGCUUAACUUGAGCAACAUGUGGAGUGACACUGAGAAGCAAAAUGGAUAUUUCCCAGAUAUGAAGGCGCACCAGUCAGUUAAUAUCCAGCAGAAGGUUAUCUUCACAUCAUCAACAGCAGUAUCUAUAGCCAUCACUGAAGGAUUGCGAACACUGUCCACAUGGUUUGUCAAUGGCAUCUGCCCUUUAGAAAACACUGUGACUGAAAAUCAACGGGAGGCGUUCUAUGCUUCUUGCUUCGUGGGAAAUGCAGAUGUCAUUCAUAUUUUGUUAAAUUAUGGCAUUGUUCCAAAUAUGAUGUCUUUCACUGCUGCUGCAGCAUCAAACCUAGAUGACAUCUCAAUAUUUAAAACAUUGUUAACUCAUACAGACUUAGUCCUGCGCGUACAUGAUUUAGGAUUCAUGCUGGCUUUAGCACUUGAGAAAGGAAAUGGAAAAAUAGCUAGGCUAUUGAUUGAUAAAAUCAGUCAAAUGGAUUCCAGUCAUCCUACCUUGGAAUGGGCAUUGAAACAUCUCUUAUUGCAGUGUCAUGGAGGAUUGAGAAAUUCCGACUUACUCAAAUUUCACAACCAUAAGCUUCCAACUAGUGUUGCCAUUCGAGCAGAAGAUCUUUUUGUGAAGUUAUCUGAAUAUGUAACAGGGAUAAAUCCUGGACUACGUGCAUUCUUAGCAGCUGCAUUUGAUGACUUGUCCAUCCUUAAAAACAUCGUCAUCGCUGAUCCAACCUGUUUGAGCACAGUAAGUGGAACUGAAACACUUUUACACACAGCUUCGCGAUAUGGAUGUUUAGAUUCAGUCAAAUUUCUGUUAGAUCGUGGACUCAAAAUCACUGAUGCCAACAUUAAGAAGCAAACUGCGCUGCAUUUGGCUGCAGAAAACAACACAUCCAAUGUUGUUGAAUGUCUUCUGUUCAAAGGAGCCGACCCCAAUGCUCUAGAUGCAGACGAGAACUCACCUCUACAUUUGGCCAGUGGUGCCAAUUUAUUAGAGUCAGCUAUAAAACUGGUCGAAAUGGGAUCCAAACUGGACACAGUGAAUAUUACUGGGGACUCUCCACUUCAUAUAGCUUGCAAACACAAUCCAUUGGCAUUUGUAAAGUAUCUGGUGGAGGAAGAAUCGAACAUAAAUUUGGAAAACAACAAAGGCAUGACACCAUUUCAUUUGGCAUUGCAUUACAACAAAGCUGAUGUUAUACAAUAUCUUGUACGGCAUGGAUCAGAUUUGAAAGGACCCUGUCCUAUUUCUUAUGAAAACUUUAAGAGCUACCCUCUUCCUGGAUGUCUUGAUGUCGCAGAGUUUCUUUUUAAGAAAGGAGUUAAAGAAGCAUCAGAUCUAUUUGCAGUUCUGCUGCACAGAGCAGUACGUGUUGGUAACAUCAUGACUGUCAGGUUUUUGUUGGAGAAAGGUGUGAAACCGAACUGUUUAGACAUGGACGGUAAAUCUCCACUUCAUGCUGCAUCGAGACUGGGCCACGAACCAAUGGUAAAGCUGUUACUGAAACACAAGGCAUCUGUAAAUGCUGUAGACAAAGAACUGCAUACUCCAUUACAUGAUGCAUGCCAUUUUGCUGAUGUUCCAACAAUAAACAUCCUGUUGAAUCGCGAUGCUGAAACUGAAGUAAAGGACAAACGUGGAUUAACUCCACUCCAGAUGGCAGGGAUAUCAGGCGAUAAAGAGAAGCUUGAAACUCUCCUAAAAGGAGGAGCUGAUAUUAACAGCCAAGACUGUGACGGAAAUACUGUUUUACACAGAACCAUUUUAAAUGGACUUACAGAAGCUGCAGAAAUCCUGAUAACCCUAAAGGCAGAUGUCAACAAACCAAACAAGUAUGGGAAAACGCCACUGAUGAGCGCAGCAACAGUUCCCGAUGAAAGUCUGGUGAAACUGAUAACUGAGGCUGGAGCUGAUAGUCAAGACCCUUUGCCCUCAAAAUAAUCUAAGCAAUGUUUCUUUGGAAUAUUGUUAAUUCCCUCCAUGAAAUAUUAUUGUAUGAACAUACUUUUGAUUAUAUAUGUUGUCCCUUUCAUGUGGAAGCUGUUAUAGAAAGGUGUUUAGCAUCUGCACUGAUGUGGACUAUAACAGAGGAGUCGUCUUACAGACGGAAUUCAAACCAUAUACCAUAGUCAGUAUGAGCUGUCAUUUGUAAACAAAACAAAAACCUUGACAGUGAGCCAUGCCAUAAAAUCCUCGAGACUCUAUCAUAACUUCUAUUUCUCGCUUCAGCCAGUGCACCACGACUGGUACAUCAAAGGCCGUGGUAUGUGCUAUCCUGUCUAUGGGAUGGUGCAUAUAAAAGAUCCCUUGCUGCCAAUCGAAAACAGUAGCCCAUGAAG